AUGUCUACAUUACAUAAAAGAUUUGCUCGUAAAUAUCCUAAUGGUUCGAAAAAAGAAAAUCGACCAAAUACAAAAUUACAACAACAACAAUUAUUAUGUCAAUCAAUGUUUCUUGAUUCAUCAGAUCAAUCUCGAGCAUUGUACUAUUUAGGUUUAACAUAUCAUUUAAAAGCAAAAGAAUUACUCACUUCAUCAAGUGGUUUACUUACUGAUGAUAUACGAACAUUACUUAAUAAAUCAAUUGUCUAUUAUGAACAAAAUCUCAAUCUUAAUAAAGAAUUAAACGACAAAGUGGCCGAAGGACGAACAUUAGGAAAUAUUGGCAAUGUCAAUUAUUUAUUACAAGAUUACUCAACAUCCAUUGAGUAUCUUGAUAAACGUUUGACAAUUGCUAAAGAAUGUAAUGAUCAAGCCGGUCAACGUCGUGCACAUGGCAAUCUUGGCAAUGCUUAUCUAUACUUAGAAGAUUUUGAUAAAGCUCUUCAUUAUUAUAGAGAAGCAAUGAAUUUAGGUGAAUUAAUGAAUGAUGAUAUAUUUAUGGCACGAAUAAAUUUUACUAUUGGCCGUGUUUAUAGUUUAAAACAAGAUUAUGAAACAGCUAUUUAUUUUCAUGAAAAACAUUUAAAUUUAGCUCGACAAUUAGAAGAUUCGAUAGGUCAAUGUCGAGCAUAUUAUAUUUUAAGUCAAUUAAAUGAAAAAAUCAAUCAACAUGAUAAAGCUACAAAAUAUGAUAGUCUUUAUAAAGCUCUUGCACGAGAAAUUGAUGAACCACUAGAAGAUACAAUUUCAAUGUCAACAACAUCGGGACCAACAAAGAAUUCGCUCAAAAAUUUACGUACCGAUUCAAUUAGUAUAAGUUUAUCUGAAGGAGGUGGUACAAAUAAUGGUUCUUCCGGUUCAUCAUCACAAAGUCCUCCUUCAGCACGUUCAAAUGCAAGUGUUAGUAGUAGUAUAACUGAUGUACGUUCAUUUAUUGGUUCACAUACUAUUGCAAUAAAUGAUAAAUCUAUAUCAAAUAAAAGUAAAAAAACACCAACACGAAAAGAAUCAUUACCAGCUGAUCAUGAUGAUUUAGUUGACCUUGUAUGUCGUAUGCAAAAAUCACGUUUUGAAGAUCAACGUUGUCAUUUUAAAACAACUACUCAAGACACGACAAAUACGAAUGCAUUACGCGGACAACGUCCAAGUGUACAACUUGAAGAUAUAUUUAAUACAGUAGAUCGUUUACAACAAACACGUCUUGAUGAUCAACGAACACAUCUUCCAACACCGAUCAAUCAAGAUAAUAAUAAUAAUAAUAAUAAUGUGAAAUCAAAUCGACGUCUUUCACCAUUGAAUGAACAAUUUUUUGAUCAACUCGCGAAGUGUCAAGAUUCUCGUCUUGAUGAUCAACGAGCUGUACUUAUACCGAUUCAUAAUAAUAAUAAUAGUUCAUCAAUAAGACCAACAUCAGCAUCAUCAAUAAUAUCAACAACAACACUAGUAUCCCCGUCAAAAACAUCAGCCCAUGAAACAACAUCAAAAACUUUACCAGACGAAGAUUUUUUUUCACUUCUCAAUCGUUUACAAUCACGUCGUAUUGAUCAACAACGAACAUGUUUACCAUCAACAAUGAAUAAUGCUACUUCUCCACUAACAUCACCGAAUUCAAACAGUACACCAUCAAAACGAACCCGUGUGAAACCCUAA